AACCACAAAAAACAGAUAUUCGAAGAAAGCUAGGAAACAUUAAUGCGGUUGAAUAUGAAAAUUUCUGUUUUGCAUUUCAUCGGAUUACUUCUUCUCGGCGUUGUACUGCAAGCUGAUGCUUUGGAACGUCGCUACAAGUACGUGUUGAGGGAGACUCCAUACACUAGGCUUUGCACCAACAAGACUAUCUUGACAAUAAAUGGGAAACUUCCAGGACCAACAAUAUAUGCCACUAAAGGAGAAACGAUCAUUGUUGAUGUUUACAAUCGAGCAAAUGCGAACAUCACUAUUCACUGGCAUGGAGUGAAAAUGCCAAGGUAUCCGUGGUCAGAUGGACCUGAGUAUGUGACUCAGUGCCCAAUUCAACCUGGAAGAAAGUUUAGCCAAAGGAUUGUGCUUUCGGACGAGGAAGGAACUUUGUGGUGGCACGCUCAUAGUGAAUGGUCACGGGCUACUGUUUAUGGUGCAAUCGUUAUUUAUCCAAAGAAGAAAAAUGACUAUCCUUUCCCUAAGCCUCAUGCAGAAAAACUCAUCAUUCUAGGAGAGUGGUGGAACAGAAGUGUGGAAGAGGUUCUUAGUGAAUUCAUGGCAAGUGGAGACGAUCCAGAAGUUUCCAACGCUUUCCUUAUAAAUGGUCAGCCUGGGGAUCUAUAUCCAUGCUCAAGAUCAGAUACAUUCAAGUUGACGGUGGAUUUUGGCAAGACUUAUUUGCUACGAAUGGUUAACGCAGUUAUGAACAACAUUAUGUUCUUCAAAAUUGCAAACCACAAUAUCACUGUAGUCGGAUCAGAUGCCAGCUACACCAAGCCUUUCAAGAGUGAUUAUAUUACCAUCGCUCCUGGCCAAACCAUUGAUAUGUUGUUGGAAGCUAACCAAAAUCCUAGCCACUACUACAUGGCUUCCAGGGUUUAUGCUAGUGCAGGAAAUUAUGACAAUACAACUACAACAGCAAUUGUUGAGUAUCGAGGAAAUUAUACUCCACCAGCAUCACCAUUACUCCCAAGUUUUCCUGAUUUCAAUGAUACAAAUGCUUCAGUUAAUUUCACUGGACAACUCAAAAGUUUAGCAAAUAAGAAAUAUCCUGUUGAUGUCCCUUUAAAUGUGACCACUAAAUUAUUCUUCACCCUUUCAAUCAAUUUAAUCCCUUGUGCCAAUAAUUCAUGCGGAACUUUCAACGGCCGUCUUUCAGCAAGUGUGAAUAACAUAACCUUUCAGCUACCUAGAGUCGACAUUCUUCAAGCUUAUUAUAGGCGCAUCAGAGGUGUUUAUGGAAAUGACUUUCCCAACAAUCCACCAUUUCAAUUCAAUUAUACUCAGGACUUUGUCCCUCAAGACCUGUGGGCGCCUCAAAAUGGAACAGAAGUAGUAGUUCUUGACUACAAUUCCACGGUGGAGCUUGUCUUCCAGGGAACAAACACAGUUGCCGGGAUAGAUCAUCCCAUGCACUUACAUGGAUAUAGCUUUUAUGUGGUUGGGUGGGGAUUUGGAAACUUCGACAGAGACAGAGAUCCACUGAAUUAUAAUCUCAUAGACCCUCCUCUAAUGGAAACAAUUGCAGUUCCUAGAAAUGGUUGGACAGCAAUCAGAUUCAAGGCAAAUAAUCCAGGAGUUUGGUUUAUGCAUUGCCAUUUUGAGCGUCAUAUAAGUUGGGGAAUGGGAAUGGCAUUCAUUGUUCGAAAUGGCAAGAGCCGACAUGCUAAAAUACUGCCUCCACCUCCAGACAUGCCAAGGUGUUAAUGCUGAACAAAAUGGAUAUCUCUUGUGUAUGUGAUUUAAUACUAGUGUGUGCUUUUGUUGCAGCUUUGUUAGUGUGCUUCCUUUUUUGUAAUCUGAAAUUAUAAUUCGUUUGAGAAUAAUUUGUAAACGAUUUAAUUUAUAAAUAAGUUAAAAAUAAAAUAUUAUCUAAA